ACACCGCAAGAUCCUCUCUACAUCCACGACUGAUCCAAAACCAUUCCUCAAAGCUCUCUCAUACCAAACAGCCAACAAUGGCGUUUCCUAAAGUUUUCUUCGACAUGACCGUCGACGGCAAGCCCGCGGGAAGGAUCGUGAUGGAGCUGUACACCGACAAGACUCCCAAGACUGCUGAGAAUUUCAGAGCUCUCUGCACGGGUGAGAAGGGAGUCGGGAGCAAAGGCAAGCCUCUUCACUUCAAGGGGUCUUCCUUCCACCGCGUGAUCCCUAACUUCAUGUGUCAGGGAGGAGAUUUCACGGCCGGGAACGGGACGGGAGGCGAGUCCAUCUACGGGGAGAAGUUCGCCGACGAGAAUUUCGAGAGGAAGCACACCGGUCGUGGGAUCCUCUCCAUGGCCAACGCUGGUCCCAACACCAACGGGUCGCAGUUCUUUAUCUGCACUGUUAAGACCGAUUGGCUUGAUGGUAAGCAUGUGGUGUUCGGGCAGGUGGUGGAAGGGUUAGACGUGGUGAAGGCGAUCGAGAAGGUGGGGUCGGCUUCUGGAAAGCCGUCGAAGCCGGUGGUCGUGGCCGACUGUGGUCAGCUCUCUUAGAUCACAUGAGAUCUAAAAUUAGCGUCUUCGUUGCCCUCUAGUGAGUGGUGUUCGGUCUUCAUCGUGUGUCUCUGCUUUUGCUUUUGUGUUCUUUUCAUUUGGUGCAAGUCAUAAAAGCUUGGUGUGUGUUCGUUCUCAUGUCACCCUAAUUAGUAGCUAGUACCAUAAAUAAUGAAUGAGCUUGUGUUUACCCUUUUCA